AUGGAUGCCAGGUACCUUCCAGAUGGAACUCAGGUGUUAGCUGGGGCUCUCGCUGCCCUUCAAGAUCAAGAGCGAGAGAACAAGGUGGAGAACAAGGUGGGGCGCUGCCUGCCCACCCCCAAAUGCCACACUCUGUCCAUGCACCACCCACGCAUCCUUGCUCCUUAUCAUGUUAUUGCUAAGUUCCACUUCUGGUACUUUGUGUCUCAGCUGAAGAAGAUGAAGCCUUCAGGGGAAAUUGUCUACUAUACACAGGUGUUGGAGAAAGUCCCCUCCAUAGGUGAAGAAUGUGGGUACCCGGGCAGCAGCACCCACGGCAUGCACAAGGAGUAUGGGGACCUGACCACUGCAGGCGCUGUCACCCAGCGCCACCAAGCCAUGGGCACCCGGCACCAUGCCUGGGCCCAAUCAAUCCAGAUAAUGAAGGUAGAGGAGACUGCAGGCAGCAAGUGCCACCAUCUGGCAGUCAAGCAGUUCCAUGACUGGGAGAUGGAGUUCCUGCUGCCCCUAUCACGUCUUACCUCCCAGCAAAAACCCCACUUCCCCACCAUGAGGCCCAAUGUUUUCUUUCAGAUGUGGAGCCUCCUUGUCAUCAAGUGGAAAAUGCUUGAUGCCUCAGAAAUCAUUGCCAGUAUUGAGACACACAAAGAAGGAAAGAAAAGCCCAACUACCAUAAUGCCCUACAGAAGAAUUCGUUCUGCCAUAAUUUAG